GGGGGAGCCCUGGUGCGGGGCCAGGCUGGCUGCUGUCGGCUCUUAGCCCAGCGCCGGGCUCCUCCCCCGGCCGCCGGCCCGGUGCUUUCGGUUUCCGUUUCCCCCCCUCCGCCCCCGGGACCGCCGCGAAACCAGCCCGGCAGCUCCCCGGGAGCCUCCGGAGAAAUGCUCCAGCUCCUCCACCAUGCAGAGCCUGGAGCUGCGGGAGCAGGACCUGACCGAGAUGGGCUCCCUGAUCCAGUCCCGCCUGGUUCUGGAGGUCUCCACCCAGGUCCAAACCCUGCUGGAUUCGCUGGACUCGGCCACCCUGGACAUCGCCGUGACGGGCGAAUCCGGCGCUGGCAAAUCCACCUUGGUCAAUGCCCUCCGUGGCCUGAGUGACUCGGACCCCCGCGCCGCCCCCACCGGCGUCGUGGAGACCACCGCCGAGCCCACGCCCUACCCCCACCCCGGCCUCCCCAGCGUCCGGCUCUGGGACCUCCCCGGCAUCGGCACCCCCAGCUUCCGGGCCGAGCGGUACCUGGAGCAGGUGGGCUUGAUGCGCUACGAUUUCUUCCUCCUCGUGGCUUCGGAGCGGUUCCGAGAGAGCCACGCCCAGCUGGCCCGGGCCCUGGCCGCCGCGGGCAGGCGCUUCUACUUCCUGCGCACCAAGGUGGAUCAGGACCUGCGGGCGUCCCGCCGGCGCCGGCCGGCCCGCUUCCAGGAGGGCCAGGUGCUGGGCGAGAUCCGCGCGGACUGCGCCCGCCAGCUGGAGAAGGACGGUGCGGCCGCCCCGCGGGUUUUCCUGCUCUCCGCCUUCCAGCUGCAUCGCUUCGACUUCCCGCGGCUGCAGGCCACGCUGGCGGAGGAGCUGGCCGGGCACAAGCGCCACGCGCUGCUCCUGGCCCUGCCGGCCCUGACGGCCGAGGCCGUGGGGCGCCGGAAGGAGGCUCUGCGGCGCCACGUCUGGAAGAAGGCCCUGCUGGCGUCCCUGGUCUCGGCGCUGCCGGGGCUCCCGCUGCAGCUCAACGUGCCCAUGCUGGUGGAGACGCUGGGCUCCUACCGCCGCAGCUUCGGCCUGGAUGAGGAGUCCCUGGGGGGGCUGGCCCGGGUGGGCGCCGGCUCCCUCCAGCAGCUGCGGGCCCAGGUGCGCUCGGCGCUGGGCCGGGAGCUCUCGCCGGCGGCCGUGUGGGACGUGCUGAGCCAGGCCGCGCUCUGUGGGCAGGCGGCCGCCCGCCUGGCCCGCGCCCGCCUGCCGCUGCUGGAGAACCUGGUGGCCGGCGGCAUCUCCUUUGUGGCCGCCUACUACCUGCUGCACAGUGCCCUGGAGGGCUUCGCCGGUGACGCCCAGCGGGUGCUGGAGGCCGCCUACGGGACAGGGGAGGAGGGGGAGCCUUGUGACCCCCCUGAUCCCGGGUUCCUCUAUGACUGAGGGACGGGCCCUGCUGGGUGAGGGGGGCUGCUGGAGGCUUAGUGCCCCCCCCAGCAUCUGUGCCCUGCCCCCCCCCAUCCUCACACCAGCUGCAUGGGGGGGCCGGGGCUGGGAGGACCCCCGGUGGGGCCAGAUAGCGCCAGGACCCCACAGCUCCCUGGAGAGCGAGGUGCAUUGUGGGUAGCCUGGGAGGCAUGUGCCACCAUGGUUGGACCUCAGCAGAGCAUUGAGGGAGGAGGUGGCCAGUGGGGGGGUGGGGUGGCCUGUGGGGCAGGAUGAUGGCUGGUGUGGGGACGGCCUCCUGCGCUGACGGGACGGGCACCGUCUGCUCCCCGUGGAGACGUGGGGGCCGUGCCUCCUUCCACCCGCGUCGUGGGCUUGUGCAAACCAAGGCCCGGUCUAUGCAACAAAUGUAGGUCAACGUAGCCAGGUUGCUGGGGGGCGGGAAGAACCCGCUUCCCCGAGCGCUGGGGCUAGGCCGACAUAACCCUGGUGUAGACACCGCUAGGCUGAUGGAAGGAACCUUCCGUUGACGCAGCUACUUGGGGAGGUGGCGUUCCUGUGGCGAUGGCCAACCCCUUCCAUUGCUGUCGGGUGUGACUACGGUGCAGGGUUAGGCCGGCAUAGCCACGGCGUCCCAGCAACAGCGCUAACGCCCCGUAGGGUAGCCAUGGCCCAGGGCGUAGGAGAUGGCAGGAGGCAGAGGUGGGGGCGGAGCUGGUCGGGACUUUCCCAGUAGAGCAGCCUUCCGUCGGAAAACGGGCUCUUGUCGGAAUCGGGACCGUGCCUGGGAACCUGACACAAUUGUUCGUUGGGGGAAAAAAUCAGGGAAAAAAUCCCAUUUUGAUACGAGCGUUUGGAUGUCUGGGUUCAACAUUCUGGGUGGUUGUUUUCAAUUUUUAACCAUUUGUAGAUGGUCAAAAUUGGAAGGAAAAGUUUUGGUUUUAUCAGAUUUAUUAUAUUGGAUUUUUUUCCUUUUUGUUGUUUGUUUCUGAUUUUAAAAACAAUCAACAUUGGAAAGAUUUUGAUUUUAGUGGGUUUUAUUUCAUUGGAUUUGUUUAACUUUUCAAAAGCCAAUAUUGGAAGGAAACAUUUCAGUUGUGUUGGAUAUUUUUGAUUUUUUUAAUUUAAAAAAAAUCAGUAUCAGAGGGAAACAUUUUAUUAGACUUUACUUGGUUGCAUUUUUUAUUUUAUUAUAUUAACGUUUACAUUUUGUAAAAGUCAAAAACAGAAGGAAACAUUUUGAGUUUAUUUUAUUGGAUUUUAUCAGAUUUUAUUGUAUUCAAAUUGAUUAUAUUGGAUAUCAUUUGAUCAGGUUUUUAAAAUGUCAUUGAACGGGAAUGUUCCAAUCAGCCCCAGACCGAAAUAGUUUCCCCCAACAAUUUAGUUUCAUGGGGAAAUUGUCAAAUUUAUUUCUGGUUUUCAUCCUGAUUCAGAACAAAACCAAAUUUCAAAAUAUCCAAAUUUCUCAGGGAGCAGAAAUUCUGACUUUGGACCAGUUUCGUAGAGGAGCCAAUCUUGGCCACAGGGUUUGGCUCGAGAGACGCUGGAGGGAGACGAUACGCAAAGGCUGCGUCCCUCUCGCUGGGCUGAGAAUUAGGCUUCUCUUUCAGUAUCCAGGGUGUGGCUUGAAUUGCGACCUCAAAUCCAGAUGUCAGAGCCCAAAUUCAGAGCCAUGAUACAGGUAACCUCUGGAUCUCUCACUUGUUACAUUAACUGGACAGUGGUAACGAAAUAGCCCCUUACUUUUGUAAAGCAAAGGAUGUUUAUUAAAUAAAACCUCUGUUUUUCUCAGA